AUGUGCAUGUCACGGGCCCCGCCCAGCCCGAGCCGAGCGCUGAUCACGUUUCCUUCCAAACCCUGUCCAAUCCCACCAGCAUCCUCCUCAGCCAUCCGACGACCACCCCCCACCGCCACGCUCCAGGACCCGCUAGUCACCCUGAUCGACGCGUCAGCUGCACUGGCCCGCCCCCACCAGACUACUACCCACCCUGCUCGGUCUCCAAUCGUCAACACUGCUACUCCUUUUCUUGCGUCUCUCUAUCCUCUCUGCCCCUCCUUGCACAAUAACACAACCGCAGAGCAUUCCAUUCGUCAAUCUCUAGCCAUCUGGGCUUCGGUCGACUUUCCCCCCUCUCGCCCUUCACCCCGUCCCCUGGUCGCGUCUGCCGAGACUGUGGACUUGAAUUUGGCUCGUUUUUAA